GACGUGGAUGAGUUCAAAAGUAGAAAAAUAACUUUGGAUCUACUGACAUAUGCAUUCAUAUCCUAUAUUAAACAAAAAAUAAAAAUGGAUAAUGAUAUAUUAAUUUUAGCUGUAAUUGCAUCAGUGUUAUUUAUUACUAGUUUGAUUUUGUACUUGAUUAAACUGAAAAAUGGUAAAAAAUCACCAGAACCUCAGCAAGGAGAACAGGUGCCAGUUAGACGGCAACAAGUGGUUAGAAACCAACGUGCUAGGCUUCGUGCAAAUGCUGCUGCAAGAUUGCAAGACACAGAAAAUGAACGACAAGAUCUUCAUGUAGAUGAUGAUAAUGAAGAAGUCCAGAAAUCUUCUGUUGAUUUUGGAGAUAAGAUGGGGGCAAAGAAAAGAGCAAAAUUAGAAGCAAAAGCAGAAAAGAAGGCUGCCAGGGAGGCUGAGCAGAAAAUACGAGAAGAGAAAAGAAAACGAGAAGCAGCUUUAGAUGAAGAAAGAAGAAAGCAAGAAGAACAGGAGCAGAGAGAAGAGCAACUACGUGAAGAAGCAAUAAGAAAAGCAAAGGAAGAAAAAGAAAAACGUGAGCAAGAAGAAUAUUUAGCAAUGAAAGCAGCAUUUAGUGUAGAGGAAGAAGGAUUUGAUAACACUGAAGAUGGAAAUGAAAAUUUGCUACAAGAAUUUGUUAAUUAUAUUAAGAACACUAAAGUGGUCGUGUUAGAAGACCUUGCAUUACAUUUUAGAAUGAAGACUCAAGCAGCUAUUGAUAGAAUUACAGAUUUGAAGAAAGAUGGAAUUCUUACAGGAGUUAUUGAUGAUAGAGGAAAAUUUAUUUAUAUUUCACAGAAAGAACUCGAUGCAGUUGCCAAGUUUAUUAGACAAAGAGGAAGAGUUUCAAUAGCAGAACUGGCAGAGCACAGUAAUAAUUUAAUAUCACUUGAACCCAUCAAGGCAUAAGGAUUUUGGUGCAUAUUAUAUAAAAAAUGUUAAAUUGGUAUUUGUCAUAAUUUUUGUAAUGUAUAGAAUUUAAGAUCAAGAUAAAAGGUAAAAAUUUAUC